AUGAUCCUCUUGCCAACACAGAAACUCUUGCUACUGGCGCAGCUGUCGCUCCUGGUCGAGUCGCACCUAAAGCUCAACAAUCCUGUACCCUACUCCAAGAGCACUCUUCAACUCGAUCCUCUUAAAAACGCACUACCUGGAUCUGAACAGUCGGACUUCCCUUGCCAAUCGAAGCGCAUUGGAGGCGCCGAUCCAUGGAUCGUUGAUCAAGAGAAUGAACUUGUCGCUGGCGAACCUCAAACAAUGACCUUUGACGGAUCAGCAUCCCAUGGCGGAGGUUCAUGUCAACUCAGCGUCACUUUGGACAGACAACCUACCGCCGAAAGUACAUUCAAGACAAUCGCCAGCUGGAUUGGAGGUUGUCCUAUCGACGAUGCCAGUGGCGGCACACAUCCAUGGAACUACACCAUCCCUUCUGAAGUCCCCAAUGGCAAAGCUACUCUGGCCUGGAGCUGGGUCUCUAAGUUGAGUGGGCAGCCAGAGUUCUACAUGAACUGCGCCCCAAUCACAGUCUCUGGCGGCGCCGACGAUAUGACUGAAUUCGACCAGCUCGAAGAUCUGUUCAGAGUCAAUCUCCCCAGCUCAGAAUGCGGCAGUCAACUUAGCAGCAAUCUUGAGAUUCCCAAUCCUGGUAGAUACGUCACAACAAUCGACCGUCAAGCGCUGGCGUUACCUACGGGAAGUGGUUGUGCCGUCAUGAGGCCACCUGCAGGAACGCAGAGUAGCACUGGAGUAGUGUCAAGCUCGCAAAAUCCUACAUCUUCUACUGUUCAAGCUUCCUCGACAUCUACAUCCACGUUUAAAACUCCAGCAGUCAACACCACUACAGCUGCAGCAGUCGGAACAUCGCUUUCGACCACAUACAUCCCUCCCACUUCUUCGAGUGUACCCAGCACAUUACCAGCUCCUUACAGUAACAUCACAUCCUGCAUCACAAAUGGCGCCCUUACCUGCAAUGGACCCACCCAAUUCGGCCUCUGCAACUUCGGCAAAGUGAUUUGGCAACCAGUAGCCCCCGGCACAGCUUGUGAGAAUGGACAGAUCGUUGCUGAUAACGACGACGGCGACUCAACUACUUGCAGUCCUGAUGGCUCACUGAUCUGCAAUGGCUCCAAUGCCUUUGGCAUCUGCAACUUUGGUCAUGUAGUGUUUCAGCCUGUCGCACCUGGUACUACAUGUCAAGACGGACAGAUCUUGAGGAAGAGACAUUUGGGUAUGCAUAGACGUAGAAAGCUGGGACAUGGUCAUCAUGGAAGAGUUUGA